UCCGUCUCUCCGCCAUUGCUGAGCUCUAGAACUCUUUUCCGCUGGCGCUUCCUGAAGCUAGAUCAUGAGCAGUUCAGAAGAGAGGAUGUUCGAGAUGGAUUUUGAGCCACCGUCGUCACCAGAAGCCAUCUCCAUGCAUCACCAAACUCCAAGCCGCAUCCUGGAGGCUAUGGUUGAGCCUAGCACACAGGUGGAGAUGGAGAUACAUGAGAGGGCCAUGAAGCACGUGAGAGAGAUGGGGGAGGAGAGGAAGAGGAGCAGCUUGAAGAGGAGGCUGAUGAUGAGGCUCAGGAAGGACGGCUACGAUGCAUCCCUCUGCAGGUCUUCUUGGGUCGCCACAACGGAGCACCCCGGAGGCGAUUACGAGUACAUCGACGUCGCCGUGGCGGGGGAGGACGGCGGCGGCGCGGGCGCGGCCACCACCUCCGGCUCCAGCAGGCUAGUCGUCGACAUCGACUUCCGGGCCCAGUUCCAGCUCGCCAGGCCGGCGCCAUGGUACGCGCACCUCUGGUCCCGGCUGCCGGCGGUGUUCGUGGGCCCGCGCGCGAGGCUCCGGAAGGCGGUGUCCCUGCUCUGCGCGGCGGCGCAGCGGUCGCUGCGGGAGAGCGGCCUGCACGUCCCGCCGUGGCGGCGGUCCGGGUACAUGCAGGCCAAGUGGCUCCCCCGCGACGUGGCGCUGCCCGGCGGGGCCCCGGAGGUGGCGAUGGCCCGGUGGUCGGUGGCGAUGGGGAAGGAGCUCGGCGACGGGCCCCGGAGGUCAGGCGCGGGCGGCCUCUCCAUGGAGCUGUCCGGCUCCGGCGCUGAUGUGGACGGCUGCCGAGGCCAAGCUGGCUCCAUGUGGGCGUAGCCCUCUUCUUCCUCGUUUUCUUUUCUUUUUUUUUCUUUUAGAGAGGUGAGUCAGAAGUGUAGACUAGAGUGGAAAGUGGUAGAAACUAGCAAGAAGUGCUAGGAGCAGCAUUUUGGAAGGGAACCGCAAGUUUUUGCGUAGCGUGGAACCGGUUGUUUUUGGUGUUGCCAUCAGGCCAAAAUGCGGUACAG